GGCAGUGUCGUCCCUCCCGUGCUUCCACAGCUCGUCAGAAUGAAGUGUGUGGCCGUCGCAUCCCUCCUCCUCAUUGCCGUCGCAUACGGUGAGGCGAGCCACUCAAGCGAGCGGCUCAUGCAGCCGCUGAGAAGCGAGAUCUGUGACAAUGCGCGGUUGUCAUGGCCUUUUGCAGGCGAGGAGGCAGCGUUCGUUCCAUCAGCGCCCCUCCGGUCACUGCCGACUCGCCGCGCCCUUCGGUCGACGACGCCCAAAAUGUCGGUUGAGGAGAUGAUUGGUGCUGACGUGGAGACCGGUGGCGUGUUCGACCCGCUGAAAUUCUCCGAGGACGAGGCAUCGCUCUUCAGAAGACGGGCUGUGGAGCUCAAGCACGGUGAGUCAGUCAGUCAGUUGGCAUGACAGCAACUCACCACACACGUGGACAGUCUGUGCAGAGGUCGUCACUGUGUGUGUUUGUGUCUUCAGGUCGCAUCGCCAUGCUGGCGUGCCUGGGUUACUUUGUGCAGUCUGCGGGCGUCCAUCUGCCCGAUCCCGUCUUCUCUGAGCCCCGGCCUCUCUCGGCCUUGACCAAGGUCCUCACCGAGCGCCCGUGGGCCGCCGCGCAGAUCGUGGCCGCCAUCGCCGCCAUCGAGCUGGGCCCCGGCCGCCAGGACUAUGAGAACAAGGCACCUGGCGACCUGGGCUACUUCGGCGACUCGUUCAAGAACUCUGACCCGGAGGAGUUCAGGUGAAUAAAUAACAGGCGAGCGCUGAGUUGCGGCCUUCGUCAUUCACUUGUUGUCUGUGGUUGUUGGUUGUUUGCAGGAAGGAUCAGCUUCGGGAGUUGAAGAACGGUCGUCUGGCGAUGAUAGGCAUCAUGGGCAUGAUGGUGCAGGAGGGGCUGACCGGUCAGAGCGUGUGGGAGCAGAUCGGGUCGGGCAACAUCAACCCCUUCAGCUGAUCAAUCAAAUGAUCUCUGGAUGGACGGACCACAGGUUAGGCGCAACAGACACACGACCCACGAGGCCAGCUUACGACCAUGUUGGUCUGUCUGUCUCUCUGUCUGCUCCCUCGUGUGUGAUCAUUCAUCCUGUCAGUAACUGGGCCGGCUGUAGGACAAGAAGACCACUCACCAGAUGCGUGACAGACACAUGGGUGGACCUGACUGACUGACUGACUGACUGGCCGCUUUUUGUGUGUGAUGUGAUGUGAUGUGUGUUGCGGGCGGGACACACAAUGCUGCAAUGCGGUGCGUCCCUACCGGGAGCAUCGGAAUGUGAG